UGUAGCAAGAGUAGAUGUACUCUUGCUUGUAGUUGUAGUCAGUCUGGAGUCAAGGUUUGCAACACAGACCUGAUAAAUUUAAUUCAACAACAGCUUUUACUUAUGAUAGUCUGCCAAUUUUCAAUACUGCUUUAAAAUGCCUGCUUACGAAGGCCUUGGCAUUGGUGUAGAGAGAGCAGCUGUUGUUUUGGACGUUGGCUUUGCUCACACGAAGUGCGGGUUUUCUGGCGAGUCAUCUCCUAGAUUCAUCAUUCCCAGCAAAGCUGAGAACAUAAUCACCAAAAAGGUAGUUGACCUGUGGACUGCGUCAUCAAGUGAACUCUCCAAUGUGCUUAUUGACUUCAUCUAUCACAUCUACUUCAGGCUAUUGUCGAUUAGUCCGCGUGAGCGUCGGGUAGUGAUCUGUGAAUCACUGGUCUGUCCAGCCUAUUUUCGGCAGGCCUUUGCUGAGACUCUGUUCAAGCACUUUGAGGCACCGUCCAUCCUGUACCUGCCCAGCCAACAGUUGCCACUCUACACAUUAGGCAUACAGACUGCCAUAGUUGUGGAUGUUGGCAGCCAAGAAACUACUCUCAUCCCAUUUGUGGAAGGUAUUCCUCUAGUUGGAUGUUGGGAUUCGGUGCCCUGUGCUGGAAAUGCUAUUCAACGGAAUGUUGCUAAUCUGAUGAUGGAGAAGUGUAUGGUAACUGAUGCAGAUGGUGUGAAGCCAUUGCCAGCAUCGAGAGAUAUGCUCAAUUCAAAGGUUCUUGAAGACAUCACUGUGCGGACUUGCUUUGUGAGAGGAUUAUCUCCUGCAGACGCCACAAGCAGUGUGUGUGUGCGCAUGCGUGCGUGUGUGUGUGAAUAUGUACAUACAUGCAUGUGUGUGUAUGGGCGAAAACUCUCUCCUCCACUGCACAUGCUGCUGCUGGUGGCACUAUGCCCUAUUUGCUAUUCUCACAGCAGUCCAACAGCUGCACCGGCCGAUCAACAACAAACACUGCCUGUCAACUAUCCAGUUGAUGAUGACACAACUAUCAUUAUUGAUGGACAUGUGCGCUCCUGUGCGGCUGAUGUCAUGUUUGUGGAUGACACCGAUGGCAUGUGUCUUCCUCGCUCUAUCCUCAGUGCCAUUGCCAAGGCACCCAUCGACUGCCGAAAGCUGCUGGCAGAAAACCUGGUCAUAGUUGGUGGUGCAUCUGAAAUGCCAGGAUUCAGGCACCGGCUGUUGGCAGAGUUGAAGGCAUGGUUGGGAAAGCCUGAGUUCUCACAACUCAGUAUCAAACAGUUCAAGAUGCACCAGAAUCUUGUACCUGCAAACACCAUGUGCUGGGUUGGAGCGUCUAUUUACUCAGCAACUGGCGUGCUAAAAGAACGUUCUCUUUCCAAGGACACAUACGCUGAGAAAGGUGGCAAGUUGCCUGACUGGACAUCUUGUGACCCAGAUCUCAAUGCUGCUGAUGCACUCAGCUGGCAGAAGAAACGCUCCAUUUACUCCCUGCCGGUCAGCAAAGCAUCAGCUCCAUCCUCCGUAGCUCAUACGGUUUCGUAAGCUAGCGCUUGCCUGUAGUUCGGAAAACAAUAAUCCUUGAUCUAUUCACCAAACGUCUGUAUAUAUAUUUUUAGUUAGGUGAAUGUUUGCAGCUGGUCCUGCAAACAAAGUUACAUUGCGCUGAACAAACUGGCAGUACACUCUCCUUACUCCUCUGAGUCUCUGUAGCAAAGCUCACUGUCUGUCGAUAUUCUGGCUGAUGCUUGUUGCGUGAUUGUAUAGUAGCUGUAUUUAUAGUACCCACACAUGUAUACUGGGCAUUUGAACUCUUCUUGCUUUGCUCUUGCUUCUACUUGGUUGUAACUUGUAAGUUACUGUGAACACAGCUUUGUUUGGGAAAUUUGUAGCACGUUCUUGCCACUAGCACUGUGAUGAUCAAAAGUCUUAUCCAGUACACACCCUCCCCAUCCCAUGAACAUAUCCAUCAUAGUACGUAUACGCACUCCUCACCCCAUGAACAUAUUCCUUAUUGCCGAAUCAUGAAAUCUUGAGUAUCGGGUAUUAUUUUCAAAGCUGCAUCAUGCAAGCUUUGCCAUCCUAGCAUCAUCAUGGAACACAUUCACAGCUUGUCUCUUUUUGUUUCGUUCUAUAUUUCUGUUAUCAAACAAAUCAUUUUCUCCUCUUAUAAUGACAUUGUUUUCUCUACAUUGCUAAUCUCUGCUUCCACUGACCAAGCUGCGCUGUAAAAAGUGUUAGAACAUGAAUGGAUAUUCAUUAUUGAAUAUUGAUUCAAAAUGUUGUAAACGGCAUGAUGCUGGCGAUGACAUGGCACGUAA